UUUAUUUUGAAAUCCAUAAGCCACACUGCAAGUUUGUACCACCAGUUAUCUGGUCGUUCCCUACUGUCUCAGGAACCAAAGCGGGUCUAAAUGUAUGACUAAGGUAAUUUGACAGACUGCCUAGCUACUUACAAACAAACCAGCUAACUUGUUUGGUGAAUUAGCAAGCAACAUUCAGCCAGUCACCGACCAGCCAUACGCCAGCACCACCAUGGACGAAGGCUUGCCAUCAGACGCUGUAGGGAAUCGUGUAUCGUGCGAUGGAGAGCGGGGCACGGUGCGGUUUGUUGGCACCGUACCACCAACUGCUGGGCUGUGGCUUGGUGUGGAGUGGGACAACCCUGAGCGAGGUAAACAUGAUGGCACCCAUGAAGGAGUUCACUACUUUACAUGCAGGCACCCAAAGGGGGGUUCCUUUGUUCGUCCCAAGAAGGCCAGUUUUGGGGUGGACUAUCUAACAGCCAUCCGAGGACGCUACAAGAAAGUACAGCAGAUUCUGAAGGAAGAGAUAACCAUCUCCUCCAAAACAGUGGAGAUGGUUGGCUUUGAGGCUGUCUCUGAGAAACAGAAGGAAGAGUUCCUUACCACUGUAGCACUCAGGAUGUGUGAGGUGUCCAAACCUGGUGUGGAAAACGAAAUCCGGAAAAUCACUCCUCAUGUGGUCUCUCUGGACCUGAGUGCAAACCUGCUAUCCCAAUGGGAGGAUGUGGCAGCCAUUACAGAGCAGAUGGAGCCACUGAGAGAGCUAGUACUCAGCCAUAACAGACUGUGUGUGCCUACCAAACCCGUGGCACUAAAUCAGGCCUUCUCCUGCCUGAAGGUGCUCUCCCUCAAAAAGUGUACCCUCACAUGGCCUCAGCUGUUGGAGUGCGCCCCCAUGUGGCCCCAGCUGGAAGAGUUAUACGUCUCUGAGAACGACAUCACAAAACUCGAGAGUCCAUCACAGCAGGUCCUAGAGUCUCUAACCAUUCUGGAUCUUUCGGACAACCCCUUGGUUGAAGAUAGCCUGCUCAGUAUCAGCCAGCUACCACGACUGGAAAACCUUAACUUGUCCAAGACAGGGCUAUCGACCAUUUGGUUCAAUGAUGCUCAACCUGGUUUCAAGACGGCCAUGUUCCCAGCACUGAAGAUGUUGGCUCUUAAUAAUAACAAUAUAUCAGAUUGGCUGGUGGUGAGCGAGCUGGAGAAGCUGAGCAGCUUGGUGAAGCUGUCGUGCCGGAACAACCCUUUUCUGAGCAGAGAGAAUAAUCCAGAAACUGCCACUCAGCUUCUCAUAGCCAGAGUGGGCAAGCUGGAGGUCUUGAACAGGAGCCAGAUCACUCUAGAGGAGAGAAGAGGGGCAGAGCUGGACUACUGCAAGAUGUUUGGGCUGGAGUGGCUGGCAUCAGGAGGACACAGAGAUCCUCAACAGAACCACCCCAGCACAGAGUUCACCACCCAGCACCCCCGCUAUCUUAUGUUGAUACAGAAAUAUGGAGCUCCGGAGGAAGGAGAGCUCAAAAAGCCGGAGCCUUUUGCGCUGAAAAACCAACUCUUGUCCAUUACAUUCCUUUGUCCAGAAGAUUCAGACAGGAAGCCCAUUGUGAAAAAACUACCAGAUUCUAUGAUCAUCCAGAAGGUGAAAGGCCUGCUGUACAGGCUUCUGAAGAUACCAGGUGUCCAGUUGAAGCUCUCCUACGCUAGCUCAAAGAUUUACAGCCUGUUCACUGACAACACCUGCUCAGAACAAGUCGUUCAUAGAUGUAGCCAGUGUGUAUCGGUGAAACUCACUCCUCAGAUGGAGGGCACAGAGAUUGACAUCGACAACGACCUGAAGCCACUGCAGUUCUACUCCAUAGAGGACGGAGACAAGGUACUGGUGCGCUGGUCCUGAGCUUCUCACAGGCGGGGACGCAAGUCAAAGAUGGACGGAAGAUGUGCUGGACUGGGAAGGCAUGGAUUUGCUGGUGAAGGCUGUUAGAAGAUGGUGUUGACCUGCUUUGUCAGCACACAUGGCUGACAUUAUGCCACAUUGGUUAGAAGUGGGAUUAGGAGGGGUUUGGUUCAAGGUCUGUAUGGAACUAAUUUAAGGGAGUGCAGCUUCUGCAUGGAACUGAUAGGGGAUAUGAAGUUAUGCCACUAAAUUAUGUAGUAAGGAAGCCGUAAAUUAAAACUACGUUGGAGGUCCAUUUAUUUAUGUUAUAUUUCUAACAUGAAAUGCACCAAUGUAGCAUGGAUCAAUACAGUACAGAACUUGCAAUGUGACUAAUGGUGCAAGUACAUCAUUACUGGGCAGGUGGCUGAAUUAUAAAAUGUGGUUCAAUGUG